GCUCGUAUUUUCAAAUCGACAGUCGCCCGGGACUGCAGUCAAUCGAGAGAGCUGCUCAAAUUAUCAGCACAAAGUUCCACUUACCAAUUAAGGAAUAAGGAAAAAAGGUCGAACAUGUCUGCGGCAACCAAUGGACACGAUGAGGCUACGCCUGCUCCUGCUAGCAAUUUGCCCGAAUGGCUGUCAAAAAUCACACUAGAGAAGGCAGUGCGGGCACAGAUCGGAGACUUUGAGAAGAUCAUCGCUGUGACGCCACAGCAGGGCAGCAGUGAGGGCGAGAACUACUCCUCCCUAUUCCUCCGACUGCUGGUGGAUGUGGAGUUGUUUGAUCACACCACCAAGAGUCUGUCCUUUGUGCUUAAGGCACAGCCCAGCAACGAGGUGUUGGCCGCCAUUCUGGGCAGGCUGAAGCUCUUCCACAAGGAGGACCUGAUGUAUCACUCGAUUCUACCAAAGUUCGAGCAGCUCUACGCGGAUGCCGGCAAGCCCAUUCAGUUUGCCCCCAAGGCCUUCAAGGUGGACCGCGAUCUGGGCGUGGACUACAUCCUGCUGGAGGAUUUGCAGAAGAAGAACUUCAAGAAUGCCAAUCGCCUGGCAGGUCUGGACUUGAUUCACAUGCAGAGGGUGCUGGAGAAGCUGGCCGCCUUCCAUGCGGCCUCCGCCUGCUAUGUGGAGCAUCAUGGCUUCUUCGGGGAAGAGUUCACCGUGGGAGUGUUCAGCGAGGCCAAUCGACAGCUCUUGCAGGAAUUCAAUGCCUCUGGUGCCUUUCUGGCACAGCUCAAGAAAUGGAAGAACGCUCAAAAGAUAUACGAAAAGUUGGCUGAUAGUGACAAUUAUUUGGUGGAUCGUCUGCUGCAGGAUCAGCAGUUCAAUGCCAGGGAAUUCAAUGUCCUGAACCAUGGCGAUUGCUGGGCGAACAAUAUAAUGUUCCAGCACGAUGCCUUUGGCACCAUCAAGGAGACUCUUUUCGUUGACUUUCAAGUGGGAAAGUACGGCAGUCCGGCCAAUGAUCUGUAUUAUCUUAUCUUGUCUUCGGCUGCCCCAGAGCUAAAGACUGCCAAGUUCGACUAUCUGGUGCGUUUCUAUUUCGAUAAUCUAAUCGAAAACCUGAAGCUACUGCAAUACCAUCGACCCCUGCCCAAGCUAAAGAACCUCCAUGCAGCCCUCUUCCGCAAUGGUUUGGCUGCCUACAUGGUGGUAUCCAAAGUGCUGCCUGUGGUCAUGCUGGACAAGUCAAACAAUGACAAUCUGGAGAGCUAUCUGAAUGAUGAGUCCAAAAUGAAGGUUGCCAUGUUUACGAACCCCAAAUACGUGCAAGUGAUGACGGAGUUGCUGCCAUGGUUGGAUAAUCGCGGCCUGCUCGACUGGAAAUGAUGAUUAUAUUUUGGGGCCAAAAUUUCGUCUCCUAAUCAUGUAUAUUUUAUAGCAAUUCAGUCACAAAUUGUACAAUUUUUGACAAUCAAAUACAAUGGGGCUACAAAAUACAUAAAUGAU